UGAAUAGACUGUGUGUGUGUGAGAGAGAGAGAGUGCUAGUGGCAAGUGGCCAAGGUGUCGAGUGUCGAGUGGUUUCUCUGUUUGCCCCGCGUGUGUGCGUUGCUGUGCUUAACCUGAUUUAGAAAAGUUUGUCCGCGACGAACGGAGCACACACCACAACACACACCACACAAUGUACAUAUGGAAGUGUGGAGCAAUAGCAGGAUUAGCAGCAACCGCAAGAGAAGACGCCGACGUCAGAGAAAGCAGCAGCAGAAACAGCAGCAGGACGAACCGAGUAUAGUGAAUGGAAUGCAUGUGUUUAUAACCAAUAACCUCGCCUAAAUGAAGCAUGAAGAAACAAAAUGUGCGCACGAUAUCCCUGAUCGUGUGUACAUUUACAUAUUUGCUAGUGGGUGCCGCCGUCUUUGAUGCCCUCGAAUCGGAGACGGAGAAGCGGCGUUGGGAGGCUUUGCAAGCUGUCGAGGACAUGAUAAUACGCAAAUACAAUAUAUCACAAGAAGAUUUUAAAGUCAUGGAGACGGUGGUACUCAAAUCGGAGCCACACAAGGCCGGCCAGCAAUGGAAGUUCACUGGCGCAUUCUAUUAUGCAACGACAGUGCUAACCACAAUUGGCUAUGGACACUCGACGCCAACCACCCGCGGAGGGAAACUGUUUACAAUGUGCUAUGCCAUUGUUGGGAUACCCUUGGGCCUCGUCAUGUUUCAGAGCAUCGGAGAAAGAGUGAAUAGACUGAGCAGUUAUGUUAUCAAAGCGGUGCGGACAUCGCUGCGCUGCAAACGAACAGUUGCCUCCGAGGUGGACCUUAUAUGCGUUGUCACGACGCUCAGUUCACUGACGAUAGCAGGUGGUGCUGCGGCCUUUUCAAGAUUUGAGGGCUGGAGCUACUUUGAUUCAGUAUAUUACUGUUUUAUUACUUUAACCACAAUAGGCUUUGGCGAUAUGGUAGCUUUACAGAAAGAUAAUGCGCUAAAUAGGAAACCCGAAUACGUUAUGUUCGCACUGAUAUUCAUACUAUUCGGACUGGCAAUUGUUGCCGCCUCACUGAACUUGUUAGUACUUAGGUUUGUUACAAUGAAUACCGAGGAUGAGAGACGUGACGAGGCCCAGGCCAUGCAGGCACUUCAAGUGGCUGUCAAACUGGAGGGCGAUGUGAUAACAUCCAAUGGUUCCAUACUGAGCGGCUACGAGGGACACGACGGCCAAUCUCUCAACGGCACAAACACAUCCUCAAUGUGCUCCUGCCGUUGCAUCUGCCUCAACGGAGGAAACCGGCAUAAAAAACACAAGAAUGCGAGCAGUGACCAUGUUGCAGAGCAGCAAUACAAGAUGCGGCGAUCGCCCACGCACAUAAGACACUUGCUGCCGGAAGUUGUGCCGAUGCAGGAUCUGAACUACGAUACGCAGAGCAUGCAUACGAUUGGAGCACUCAAUGGCAGCGGGAUCAUGAGUGGAAGUCACAUGGGCAUCGGUCUGGAUGUUGUGGAUGAUACGGGAAAUCGAUCGCCGAUCAAACCGCAGCCGCAUCCACAGAAGCUGCUCAAACGCAAUGUAUCGCUUUUAUCAUUUCGUAUUUAGGAGGAACGAACAACGACUCGACUCUUGUAGUAGAUGCCC